AUGCCCCACUCUUCCCACGCUCCUCAACCCAUUAUCUACACUCCAAAUAAUCCCUCUUAUUCCGUUGUACUGAAUUCAUCCAUACACAAUCAACGGUUUUCUUCUCCUUGGACCCCGAAACCAUUAGUUAUCGUUACACCAUUUAAUGCCUCCCAUAUCCAAGCCACUGUUUAUUGCUCAGAGAAACAUGGCAUACAAAUUAGAACUCGAAGUGGUGGCCACGAUUAUGAGGGACUUUCGUACGUGUCCAACGUUGCGUUUGCUGUAAUUGACUUGCGAAAUCUAAACUUGAUUAGCGUAGACGUGAAGAGAAAAUCUGCAUGGGUUCAAGCUGGAGCUACGCUUGGCGAACUUUAUUACAGGAUUGCUGAGAAAACUGCGAAUCUUGGCUUCCCAGCCGGCGAUUGCCAUAGUGUGGGUAUUAGUGGACAGAUCGGUGGAGGAGGCUACGGCUAUUUGACGCGAAAAUAUGGCCUCGCAGCCGAUAAUAUUCUUGAUGCGAAAUUGAUCAAUGCUAAAGGAAGAAUUCUUAAUAGAAAAACUAUGGGGGAAGAUUUGUUUUGGGCCAUCCGUGGUGGUGGACCAGCAAGCUUUGGAAUCAUUCUUGCAUGGAAACUUCGACUAGUUCCUAUACCACCGACAGUGGCUGUGUUUGAUGUCAGGAGGACCAUGGAAGAUAAUGCAACAAAGAAGUUCGUUCAUCAGUGGCAACAUCGUGCCGACAAAGUCGAUGAGGAUCUAACCAUCUACAUCACGUUCCGGACUGUGAGUUCUGUUGAUAAAGAAGGAAACAAGAAAAUUGUUCUUGAAGUUGCCCCCCGGGGCACGUACCAUGGUAGUGUGGAUAAACUCCUUCAAUUGAUGCAAAAGGAGUUUCCAGAGUUGGGUUUACAAAGACACGAGUGCAUUGAAAAGGAAUGGGUUGAAUCCUUUUUAUAUUUCAAUUCAUUUAGAAAUGGAGAAUCCUUGGAUUAUCUGCUCAAUAGGACAUCUAAUUAUAAUUUGAUGUCAUUUAAAGCAAAAUCUGACUUUGUCAAAGAACCUAUUCCAGAUGACUUAUUCAAAGGAAUGUUGAGAAGGUUAUACAAAGAAGAGGUCGGAAGAGCUUCGAUCGAUCUAUUUCCUUACGGAGGGAAAAUGAAUGAGAUUUUGGAAUCCGCAAUCCCAUUCCCAUAUCGAUUCGGAAACCUCUACAUGAUCCAUUACUUCGUGCAAUGGAAUGAAGAAAUGAAUAUUACUGCAUCCAAAAAGCAUGUGAAAUGGUUAAAAAGGCUUUAUAAAUGCAUGACUCCUUAUGUGUCAAAAAAUCCAAGGGCUACAUAUUUCAACUUUAGAGACCUUGACAUUGGAAUGCAUAACAACAAGAGUUGCACAACAAGUACUCAUGGUAAUAUUGCAAAAGCAAGGAUUUGGGGUAUGAAGUAUUUCAAUAACAAUUUCAACAGGUUGGUUAGUGUAAAGACUGUAGUGGAUCCAACUAACUUCUUUACAAACGAACAGAGUAUUCCACCUCUUCGUACGCAUAAAAAAAUAUGA